GCAAUGCCUCGGGUGCAACUUGCUGCAACUUGCUGAUGAGUUGCAAGACUAAGUGGAUUUGUUCCCGUCGAGGGUGUUUAAACCGAUGGUGUGGAGGAGGCGAACCCCAACCCGAAAACAAGCGAGUACGAGUAUAUGAUAAAAAUGCACGUUUCACUGGCCGAAGCCCUGGAGGUUCGGGGAGGGCCAUUGGAGGAAGAGGAGAUUUGGGCUUUGUUAAUUCAGAGUGCAGAAUGUCUACAUAACCUUUUUCAGAAAGCUGAUCCUAUGGCUCUGGGUUUUAUCAUCUCUCCGUGGUCUCUGCUAUUGUUACCCUCCGGCAAUAUUUCUUACACUGAUGAAAUGGUUUCCAACCAAGAUCUGCGAGCAUUUACAGCCCCUGAGGUUUUGCAGAAUCAGGCUUUGUCUUCUCUGUCUGACGUUGAGAAGAUGCAUGUGUAUUCACUUGGUAUGACUUUGUACUGGGGAGCUGAUUAUAAAAUGCCUCUGAAUCAGCCAAUAAAACUUGGGGAACACCUGAAUAGCAUAUUAUUAAAUAUGUGUGAAGACCUGAUGUGCACAAGAGUUUCAUUGAGAACCAUUCUAGAUGCUUGCAGUGCUCAUAUCCGGAACAGUAGCUGUGAACCAGCUUUCUCUUAUGUUAAGCAGCUGGUUAAACUUGUCUUGGGAAGUUUAACUACUCUUAAUCAGCAUCCAGUCAGCAAGUUGGAUCGUAACCAGGAAAUUCGGGAUCGACUAAGGGGCAAGGGUUUUCCAUCAGAAAGAAACACAGCACCGAGUGCAACAAGAAAGUCCAAGGCACAAUUCUGUGAGCAGGUCUCACUGAACAAAGGACUAAGCAAAUCUAUGGGGUUUUUGGCAAUUACCGACAGGACAUUAGACUUGGAUUCUUAUCACACAUUUUCUGGGCAUGAAGACACAAUAAGUGUGCGCCGGAAGUUACAAUCUACACCCAAUGGUUUGGCUACGGAUUCCAGUUUCAUUUGUGAUCAUGGCAAUAGGAAGUACUGGACCUCCACAGUUGACCUGGGUUGUUACAACGACAGAAUUUUGGCACCAAGAGAUCGUUCUUAUCGACAUAGCCUUUGCCCACAAGGGAUGGGCCAACAGAUCAAAAACACUUUCCCAGUCAGAGAGAGAAUGCACUCGGAGUUGAGGCAAGUGCCAGCUUCACUUGGUAUCCAAAGAUCUCAUCAUACUUCUCAACUUUCCAUCUCAUCAGCUCUCUCAGGUGUUUAUGAAAGGAUUAAAGAACGACAGAAUAAAUUACAAGUUCUGAGAGAAGCAAUGGAUGUGGAUGAAACUGCAGAGGUACGUUCACCUCGUCAUAGUGACACAUAUAGUGCAUCAAGCGAGAGCCCUUCUCUUACUUCUUCUGACCUGGAUUAUCGACAAGUCCGCAGGAAUGAAGAUAUUCGAAGGUACAGUUGUCAAAUAGGUCGAGCGGUGGAGGAUGAUUGUGCAGUUGACAGUGAUGGUCCAAAUAGGAGAUCCAGUCUGUAUGACAAUCUGGGGGAUGAGAACAUCAUAAGUCAGGAGUUGAUGCUAAAACGUCAGGAGGAAGAACUAAAGCUGCUUCAGAGCAAAUUAACUCAGAAGUCAGGACUUCACCAAGCUGACAUCGUUAAAGCAUCCAUGUUAGAUAUUACCAGAGAUCUGGCAAAAGAAACAACCCUGUCACAAAGAAAAUUUAAGAAUUUCUUUGGGCCUGAGUUUGUUAAGAUGAUCAGCGAGCCUUCUGUUGCAUUGGAUCUUCCCAAAUCAAUUCUGAAUAAGAAUGGAAAAGGUGAGGACUCUCGACGCAAAGUGAACAUCUUGUUGCUCAGUGGGCAAUGCCUGGAAUUGACCUGUGACGUCAAGUCAACAUGCAAGGAUGUGUUUGAUAUGGUGGUUGCUCACGUUGGCUUGGUGGAACAUCAUUUCUUUUCAUUGGCAUAUUUAAAAGAAAAUGAAUUCUUUUUUGUUGACCUUGACUCUAAAUUGUCGAAAGUGGCACCAGAAGGAUGGAAAGAGGUGAAGAAGCGGAACAAAUCUGCAGUAAAUUUCAACCUUUUCCUCCGAAUAAAGUUCUUUGUAGAAGGUGUUGACUUAAUCCAGCACACGCUGACCAGACAUCAGUACUAUUUGCAGUUUCGAAGGGAUAUAUUAGAGGAGAGGUUACACUGCAGCAAUGAGACAGCUUUGCUUCUUGCUUCAUUGGCUCUUCAGUCUGAAUUUGGGGACUACCAGCCAGAGAUUCAUGGGAGGAGUUAUUUCCGACUCGAGCACUAUUUGCCAAUUGGAGUGAUGGAGUCCUUGGAUCAGUCGUACAUGAAGGAGGAGCUGCCUAAGUUGCACAUCACAUAUUGUGGAGCCACCGAAGCGGAGUCUGAGCUUGAGUUUCUUAAGGUAUGUCAGAAACUGCCUGAGUAUGGAGUGCUGUUCCAUCGGGUCCUACCAGAAAAAAAGUCUCAAACUGGGAUAAAUCUAGGCAUUUGUUCAAAAGGUGUAUUUGUUUAUAUGUUACAAAAUGGGGCAAGAACAGAAAUCCUUCGGUUUCCAUGGAGAGAUACAAAAAAAAUUUCAUUCAAUAGAAAGAAGAUUACAUUACAAAGUUCUUCAGAUGGCAUUAAGCAUAUGUUUCAGACAGAUAGCAGCAAGACAUGUCAAUAUCUCUUGCACUUAGUCUCAUCCCAGCACAAAUUUCAACUGCAGAUGAGAGCACGGAGGGACAAUCAGAACGUGGAUGAAGUUGAAAGUUUAUCGGUCAACAACUUGAACCACAAUGGAGACUCAGCAGGUGUAUUCAGCACAAGUAGGGUAAAUAGCAGUUCUAGUCUUGCUGCUAGUGCCCACAGCAAAAUAACGGAUCCAUUACAACUUGCACAAUCUGAUUUCCUGAAACGCAUGUCCAGGUCAGAGGCAGCGUUGAACCAGCCUCUGCACAGCAUCUCAAAAGAUAAGGUGUGUAGAACUCUGUGGGAUCAAUACCCUCCCAUUCACAGCAAAUCUCACUACGACCUUCGUCCAGUUUCUGACUCAAAACGGAGAAGUACAUCCAUUUUUAGCAGCCAGCUCAUUCCUCCUUCAAGUAUGCUGAAAGGGCUGAGUGGACUCAAACUGAAGCAUCCACAGCACCGUUCAGACACAGAGUCCGUGGCAGACAGUGAGCAGUGGAUCAAAAGCAGUGUCACUUCUCCAAAGAAGUCUCAGGCCACCUUACACCGAAGCCCUCCCCGAAGAAUUCCUGCACCUGAUUCGCCAUCUGCAGAAGAUUCUAUUCAGGCAAAUGCCAUAGGUACUCUUCAUCAGAAAUUUAGUGCAUUGCCUUCACCAGAAAGGGAGCUUAGAUGUAUAAAGCUGAAGAAGGAUGUGAAACACGGUUUGGGUUUUCAGAUUGUUGGUGGAGCAAAGACAGGAAAACUGGACUUGGGAAUCUUUGUCUCAACAAUCUUGCCAGGAGGUCCAGCAGAACUUGAUCAGCGGUUAAACCCAGGUGAUCAUCUGAUAUCCGUAAAUGGAAUCAGUUUAGAAGGCGUUGCACACAAUGCAGCAGUGGAAAUUUUACAAAAUGCUCCUGAAGAUGUAACCCUGGUCGUCUCUCAGCCAAAAGAGAAACUUUACAGAAGAACUGGCAUUCUUUCAGCAUCUCCUCCCCUUAAAAAGGGAACAAGGAGCCAGUCCAAGAGUCCUUGUCUUAAAGUGAGACAACAGGAUUAUGAAGAGGUCUCUUCUUCAGAAGAACUUAAUCAAUCACAGAGUUACCAGAGAACUCACCCUGUCCGUGGCUCAGUUCCAUCUGAAGAAAAGCGAAGAGGAAGUACCAGCUCCCAGGACUCCCGAACUGAAAGCGCAGGCCUUUCACAAAGCCAGGUGAAUGGUCUCCACAGACACCAGACUGCUUCCAAAACAACACGAUGCAUAAGGCAGGACUUGAUUCAAACAGUGCUAAAGGGCACAGGGCAUUUAAGUAGUAUUAAUACUGAAACGCCUAAAGAAACAGAUUGCUCUGAUCGGGGCGAUUCUGAUAUGGAUGAAGCAACGUAUUCUAGCAGUCAAGAGCAACAAAGCCCCGAAAAGGAUUCUCCAGUGGCAAGGACCAAAAGAAGAGUAUUUCCUGAUAUGAAAAGCAACACCGUGCUAAAACCAGGCGAUAUUUUUGAAGUGGAGUUGUCAAAAAUAGAGAAUAGCUUGGGCAUAAGUGUCACGGUACUGUUUGGCAAGGGUGGUAUAAACACAAGUGUGCGACAUGGUGGGAUUUAUGUAAAAGCCAUAAUACCAGGGGGAGCAGCUGAGGCUGAUGGACGAAUUAGGAAAGGUGACCGUGUUCUUUCCGUGAAUAAUAUCUCUUUGGAGGGUGCAACUCAUAAACAAGCUGUCGAAACGCUGAGGAGCACAGGGCAGUUGGUUACUCUAUUAUUGGAGAAAGGACAGCUUCCUGCAGCCAAGGUCCAUGCUCCAGUAACUCCACAGUGCACACCUCCAUCAACAACCAGUCAAAAUGGACCGUGUCAACCAAUAGACAAAGGAAAAUUGGGAACAAAUCUCACGUCAUCAGCUGCCAAAGACCAUGCUUGUACUGCAGAAAAUACAUCCAAGGUCAAGUUGUUGAAGGAUUCCUUUGGGUUAGGUUUGGAUUGUGCUGGGUGCAAUGAAAAUGCUUCUGAAUACUGCAGGAAUGUAGCGAGAAUACAUAAACAAGUUCCUGGUCAACCAGUAGCAGAGUGUGGGAAGAUUAAUGUUGGAGACUUCACACUACAAGUGAAUGAUGGUCUUUUGAAAGGACUUUCAAAACAGAGUGCAAAUAAUCCUCCAUCAAAAGAAAUAAAUGAAACUGAAUUGCACUUGAAUAGUUCACUGCUGUCUGACAAGAUGAACAGUAUCAACAUGGAUAAUAACAAAAAGAUUGAAAAUGAAAUUCAGAAUGCAAGACUGAAGUCAUCUUCUCAAAGGGAUGGUUAUAGGGUCAGCAGAGACUGUGAAGAUAUUGAUGAACAUUCCAUGUUGAAAGAAGAUAUUAUUAUCAAUAAGAACAUUGCCUGUCAAGUAUCUGGGAGUACAAUAUCUUUCUCCGGCAAUCAGUGUGAUAUACCAUACGUCCAGGAAGAAAGUUUCAGAAAUACUUAUUUUGACAAGCAAGAAUCUUCAAAACUGGAUCUGAUCAUCAGAAAACCACUUUCACCAAUAACUCUGGACUUUACGACAGAACAAGGUUGUGGACUUGAACCUGAAGUCUCCUCUCCCACUCCUGUAGAUGAGAACUGCAUUAGUUCUGGCUCAAAAUCAGAAGUAGAGUCAUCGUCCUCUUCAAGGCUUGCACAGUGUGGGGAUAUCAAAAAGCACAAAGAGGAGGAAGAAUCAGAAUUACAGCUGGAAGCAGAGUUGCAUGUUACAUUGAAGAAAUCCGAAAAGGGAAGUCUUGGUUUCACUGUAACAAAAGGGGAUGAUGACAUUGGUUGCUACAUUCAUGACGUUAUCCAGGACCCAGCAAAAUGUGACGGGCGGCUGCGACCUGGUGAUAGGCUCAUAAUGGUGAAUGAUGUUGACAUCACCAGUAUGAGUAAUACAGAAGCAGUAGAUUUUCUUCGAUCUAUCCCAGAUACAGUCACACUAGUAAUUGGACGCGUGCUGGAGCUACCAGAGUUUCCAGUAAAUCCGGACAUGCUCCCUGAUAUCACAGUGAUGUGUCACAACCAUGAACUAGGUCUGUCUUUGGCAGGAGGCAGUGAUACGCCAUACCAGACAGUGUACAUAAGUGGCAUUGCUCCAGGUUCAGCAGCUGAUAUUGAGGAAACUUUGCAACCAUUGGACCUUAUUCAUUAUAUUAAUGGGGUCAGCACACAUGGAAUGACAGCAAAUGAAGCAAGCAGAGCUCUUAAAGAUGCAAGUCCUGUCAUCAUCUUAAAGACAACGAGAGAUGGAGACCCUGGAUUUGCAAAAUCAAUGGUGUCUUAUUUUCCAUACACUGAUAAAAAUACAAAACUCAAUGAAUUUGUUGAAGUUAAUGGACAGCUUUGUGGGAACAAGAGAGUUGAGUGUGAUGUAACAUCUAGCACAAAUAUGUCAGAGAAUGAUGUGAUCCACUUGACGCUUGAGAAACCUUCCUCCGGAGGAUUAGGAUUCUCGUUAGUGGGUGGUGAGAGUGGUGUUUUUGUAAAGAGUGUUUAUCCUGGUGGGGCAGCUGCUUUGGAUGGGAGGCUACAAGUUGGUGACCAAUUGCUUCAGGUGAAUAAUGAAUCUUUAGUUGGAUUCUCCCAUGGUGAAGCAGUAACAGCAGUUCGUAGAACAAAGGGGACUGUGAUUUUAACUGUGUCAAGAGUUAAAUCUUCCACCAAAGUGGGCAAUACAAGCAAGGGUUCUGAUAUGGCAGUUUCUUUCUCCAAGGCACAGAGUGAUCAAGAGAAUAGUCCACUUGGUAUGGAGGAACAUGGCAAUUCCAAACAUUUAAGUGAACAGAAUGAAGAAGAGAAAUCUGCCAAAUCAGAAGAUACAGAUUGUGAAGGGUUUUCUCUGCCUGAAGACUCCCCUGAGCCAGCAAGGAAGUAUUGCUGCCAUUUUUCAACAAAUAUAGAAGAUAUAGUCCAGGAAUCCUCUGUUAAAGAUAUAUCCUCAGAAAGGUUAGUCAGCCUGAAUAACACAGGAGAGAAUGAGAUUACCUGGGGCAGUGAAGAACCUCCAAUUGAUUCUCUUCAGCAGGCCCAUUUAUGUGAAGAAGAACGUCCAGUCACGGGAAAGAAGCUAGUUGCCCUUUCAGUUGUGAAGGUCCCCCCCGAGAGUCAAUAUACAGGCUCUAAACUGGAGGCGAUCAUUAAAACACUACAUGGGUUGCUGGAACAAAAGAUUCCUAUGCAAGAAUUUGAGCAUCUACAGGACCUGAAACCUUUAGAUGGAUGUUUAGUUGGACAAACAAAAGAAAAUCGGAGGAAGAACCGAUAUAAAAAUAUACUGCCUUAUGAUGGCACACGGGUCCCUCUUGGAGCAGAGCAUGGAUACAUUAACGCCAGCUUUAUAAGGAUUCCUGUGGAUAAGAAAGAAUGCACAUAUAUUGCAUGUCAAGGACCACUAACUCACACAGUGGCAGACUUUUGGCAAAUGGUUUGGGAACAGAAAUCUAAUGUCAUCGCCAUGAUGACCCUAGAGGUCGAAGGGUCAAAAAUCAAGUGUCAAAGAUACUGGCCGGAGCUUCAGGGCCAAUCCAUGAUGAUAAAUAACAGAAUGAAGAUAAUCCUUCGGAGCAGUGAACUACUGAAAGAAUUUAUUAUUCGGAAAAUUGAGAUGAAUGAUGUAUGGAGUGGCGAAUCACGACUAAUUACUCAUCUGAACUUUACUGCCUGGCCAGAUCAUGGGACUCCAAAACAACCAGAACAAUUAGUCGACUUUCUCACCUUCUUGAGGUGCAUCAAAAAUUCUGGGCCCUUAAUUGCCCACUGCAGUGCAGGGAUUGGUCGUUCUGGGACUCUUAUUUGUCUAGAUGCAGUGCUGACAUUCAUAGGCAAAGGUCUUGAUUUUGAUAUUUCCCAUAUUGUUAGGACCAUGAGAAGCCAACGACAGGGGAUGAUCCAGACUGAGGCUCAGUACAUAUUCUGCUAUCAAGUCGUUCUACAUAUUCUCACUCAACUUCAACAGAAGGAGAAAGAAAUGGCAAAGAUAUGAUAAACAAUUCUUUCCUACAGGAACAGAAGUACUGUUGACACCAACAUACCUGCCUUAUUCUAGAACCACAUUUUUUAUUAAUUAUUUUGACCUCAAGAUAUUGUGAAUAUUUCAAGGAACAACUUCCAGGAAAAAAAUUGUCAAAAACUGAAUAUUUUGUAUUUACUAGGAUCUUCCAUACAGUAGAUUAUAAUGUAAACUUACUAAAUUGAUUUGUUUUAUGCAAAUAUUAAACUGUUUAUAUUUAAGAAUUCAUGACAAUGGUUUUAAGCACAUGCAUAAGUAAUUUUAAUCUCUAGUUUACAUCUCAAAAUAUUGAGAGGUAUUUGUUAAAAAACAAUGCAUUUUAUUUUUUAUUGUACAGGCAAUAAAAACAGUAUUGAUUUUAUAUCUUUCAUGGGUUUACUUACAUAGGAAGUUAGAGAUUUCUAUAUAAAACAAUUUUCAAAUUGCUUUCCAUUUAUGGUGUUUUUGUACAUAGUUACAUUUAACAUUUAUUUGGAUAUAAUUAAACAUAUUAUGAACUAGAUGACGCAAAAUUGAAAAUAAAAAGUGAAAAUGC